UGUGUGUGUGUGUGUGUGGCGCAGUCAUACAGAUGCAGUGAGUCCAGACAGCAGCAUGUGAGCGCCAGUGUGAGUGUGUGUGCUGGGAGCAGGUGUUUUCGCGAGCCGUUAGAGACAGGGACACACACACACACACACACACACACUCCAAAAGAGCAGCAGCACGGAGGCAGCCGGACUAUUUGCCUUUUGUUUGUUUUUUGUUUAGUUUGUUCUUCCUCUUCCUCCUCGUGAUUGUGGGAGGCGCGCUCUCCUCUCAUCCUCUCGCUCUGUCCAUCAUCUUCUCAUCUCUCUCUCAUCUGUAGUUUCUCUGAUUUGUGAGCCGCCGAAGGUUUUACAGGACUGUGUGUUCUUCUUUUCUCUUCCUAUUCCUCCUUUGGUUGUUUGACUGUAGGUAGGUUGAUUUGUGUUCACUGUAGUGUGUGUGUGUGUGUGUGUGUGAGAGAGAGAGUGUGUUCUGUUUGUGAAGCACACACAUGAACACACACAUGCAGUGACGUAGAGAGAGAGAGACGUGUGUCUUACCUCAGGCAGGUGUGUGUGUGUGUGUGUGUGUGUGUGUGUGUGAUCACAAACACAUUAUAAUACACACUCAUCUCUUUCUCUCUCUUCAUUCUACUGGUCUCUCACCUGUGUGUGUUUGCACACAUCAGUCUAACACACACACCCUUCAUAAUCCCACUCACUCCAUUAUCUCUCCCUGAGUUUCAUUCAUUGAUCUGCCGUUAUUUCUGAUAUACACUGUUAUUCACGCAUCAGCGCUCUUGUGUGUGUGUGUGUGUGUGAGAGAGUAAUGAACCUGUUUAUUACUAGAGAGUAUCAUCAGACCAUGUAAAGUAAUCCUUGUGUGUGUGCGCGCGCGCUUCGCCUCCAUCACCCCAGCGUGUCUCUCCGCGGUCGUAUAGGUGUGUGUCUGACAGUCCUCGCGCUGGAUGAGUGUUUGGACGCAGCUCUUCUCUUCUGUUUCUCCUGAGGAGACCCGCUUCAUCCAUGGGUCUGGACUGCGUCGCGUCUCCAGAUGAGCAGACACACGCGCCUCUUUCUGCUCUUUUACAAUUGGACUAAAUGCGGAGUGAAGCCGUUUCAGCAGAGGUGAAUGUGAACGGGACGCCGGAUCCGCCGGAGGACGUGCGCGCGACCGAGACUUGGGCUGUUCGACACUCUGAAAACCAGGACUCUGAAGAUCAGCAGCUCCAGAGGACAAACACACACACAAGAACAGAGAGAGAUACUGUAGACUGACUGCUAUCAGUGUCCACAGUAGGGUAUGAGAACGCUACAGCAUCAUGUGGUUUCUGAGAUGGAGGAGUGAGAGUUCAGCUGAAAACACACGAGGGUUUUCGCUCCUCCAUCAUGUCCGUCUGCAUUUACCGUGGCUUAGCUCCCCCCUCUCAGGCAAGGCAGGCGUGGCUUCGUGUUCUGGCUCCGCCCCCACAUCACUGGCCCCGCCCGUCGCUGCAGCAGCUGUUGGCCGUGUGUCUGCUGCUGCUGCUGCCACUAGCCGUCCAAUCACGGCGCGAGCGAGGCGGAGGGGGCGUGGCCCAGUAUAUCCCAUCAUCAGUGGCUCAGUAUCCGCCCGUCUCCAAGCUGAUGCAGGGCCUGAGCAUCGCAGUGGUGCUGGUGGGGAACUCCAGUGAGGUGGCGCUCGCCGGCAUGCGUGACAAAGAUGACUUUGGCCACAUGCCGCUGGCGCCCAGUGUUGAGAUGGUCACCAUGAACGAGACGGACCCCAAGAGCAUCAUCAAGAGCAUCUGUGACCUGAUGAUGGAGCACUGGCUGCAGGGCGUAGUGUUCGGAGACGACACCGACCAGGAGGCCAUCGCACAGAUCCUGGACUUCAUCUCCGCGCAGACACACAUCCCCAUCCUGGGAGUGAAGGGAGGCUCCUCCAUGAUCAUGGCUGCUAAGGACGAUAACUCCAUGUUCUUUCAGUUCGGACCCUCCAUCGAGCAGCAGGCGUCCGUCAUGCUCAACAUCAUGGAGGAGUACGACUGGUACAUCUUCUCCAUCGUCACCACUUACUACCCCGGCUACCAGGACUUUGUUACUAAGAUCCGCAGCACCAUCGAGAACAGUUUUGUCGGCUGGGAGCUGGAGGAGGUGCUGCUGCUGGACAUGUCUGUGGACGACGGAGACGCUAAGAUCCAGAACCAGCUGAAGAAGCUGCAGAGUCCCGUCAUCCUGCUCUACUCCACCAAAGAGGAGGCCAACAUCAUCUUCCAGGUGGCACACUCCGUGGGGCUGACGGGCUACGGUUACACCUGGAUCGCCCCGUCUCUGGUGGCCGGUGACGCUGACCACAUCCCGGCCGAGUUCCCCACAGGCAUGAUCUCAGUGUCGUAUGACGAGUGGGAUUAUGGGCUGGAGGCGCGCGUGCGUGACGGUGUAGCUGUGAUCGCAUCAGCCACCUCCACCAUGAUGAUGGACCGCGGGCCGGACAUGCUCCUGAGGUCUGAGUGCCACGGGGCCCCUGACAGGAAGAGCCCCAUCACAGGAAACCACAACGAAGUGCACAGGUAUCUGAUGAACGUGACCUUCGAGGGCCGGAAUCUCUCCUUCAGUGAGGACGGCUAUCAGAUGCACCCCAAACUGGUGAUCAUCCUGCUGAACAAGGACAGACAGUGGGACAGAGUGGGUAAGUGGGAGAACGGUUCUCUGUCGAUGAAGUUUCACGUGUGGCCACGGUUCGAGCUCUACUCUGGGACAGAGAGCCGAGAGGAUGAUCAUCUGUCCAUUGUGACGCUGGAGGAGGCUCCGUUCGUGAUGGUGGAGGACGUGGAUCCACUCAGCGGCACCUGCAUGAGGAACACGGUUCCCUGCCGAAAGCAGCUCAAAAUACUGAAUCAGACGGGGGAUUCUGGCAUCUACAUCAAGCGCUGCUGUAAAGGCUUCUGUAUCGACAUCCUGAAGAAGAUUGCCAAGUCUGUGAAGUUCACCUACGACCUUUAUCUGGUCACCAACGGCAAACACGGCAAGAAGAUCAACGGCACGUGGAACGGGAUGGUGGGAGAGGUGGUGCUGAAGAAUGCUCACAUGGCCGUUGGCUCGCUGACCAUCAAUGAGGAGAGGUCAGAGGUCAUCGAUUUCUCUGUGCCCUUCAUUGAGACAGGCAUAAGCGUCAUGGUCUCACGGAGCAACGGCACCGUGUCUCCAUCUGCGUUCCUCGAGCCAUUCAGUGCUGAUGUCUGGAUCAUGAUGUUCGUUAUGCUACUGCUGGUUUGUGCCAUUGCAGUGUUCGUGUUCGAAUACUUCAGUCCCGUUGGCUACAAUCGCCGUCUCAUCGAUGGCAGAGAGGCCGGAGGUCCAUCGUUCACCAUUGGAAAGGCCAUCUGGUUGCUCUGGGGUUUGGUCUUCAAUAAUUCUGUCCCAGUGCAAAACCCCAGAGGAACCACCAGCAAGAUUAUGGUGUCUGUUUGGGCCUUCUUUGCUGUGAUUUUCUUGGCCAGCUAUACUGCUAACCUGGCCGCAUUUAUGAUUCAGGAAGAGUACGUGGACCAGGUGUCAGGCCUCAGCGACAAAAAGUUUCAGAGACCCAAUGACUUCUCCCCACCAUUUCGCUUUGGGACGGUGCCAAAUGGCAGCACUGAGAGAAAUAUCCGCAAUAACUACAGAGAGAUGCACUCCUACAUGGUCAAAUUCCACCAGCGCAAUGUGGAUGAAGCGCUGUACAGUCUGAAAACAGGCAAGCUGGAUGCCUUCAUUUACGAUGCCGCCGUGCUGAAUUACAUGGCGGGCAGAGAUGAGGGCUGUAAGCUGGUCACCAUUGGCUCUGGAAAAGUGUUCGCUUCCACCGGCUAUGGCAUCGCCAUUCAGAAAGACUCGGGUUGGAAGAGACAGGUGGACCUCGCCAUCCUCCAGCUCUUUGGAGACGGUGAUAUGGAGGAGUUCGAGGCUCUCUGGCUCACCGGGAUCUGCCACCAUGAAAAGAAUGAAGUGAUGAGCAGUCAGCUGGAUGUGGACAAUAUGGCGGGUGUGUUCUACAUGCUGGGUGCUGCCAUGGCUCUGUCCCUUAUCACCUUCAUCGCUGAACACGUCUUUUACUGGCACCUGCGCUUCUGCUUCAUUGGCGUGUUUUCUGGGAAACCAGGGUUCACCUUCACAAUCAGCAGGGAGAUAUAUAGCUGUAUUCAUGGAGUUGAAAUCGAAGAUAAGAGUUCAGCACUGAAUUCACCCUCAGCUACCAUGAACAACACCCACUCGAAUAUUCUGCGUUUGCUGCGCACCGCCAAGAACAUGGCAUCUCUUUCCGGUGUCAACAGUUCCCCACACAGUGCACUGGACUUCAUCCGCCGAGAGUCCUCUGUGUAUGACAUCAGCGAGCACUGCCGCAGCCUGGCCGGACACUCAGACUGCAAGGCCCCAUACCUGCUGGAGGACAACAUGUUCAGCGACUACAUCAGUGAGGUGGAGCGCACCUUUGGCAACCUACACCUGAAGGACAGUAAUCUCUACCAGGACCACUACCUGCACCACCAUGGAGGCUCAACAAUGGGACUGAUGGGCCCAUCCCAUAACCGGCCCCACAGCCUGGGCUCCAGCAGUUCUCUGGAGGGCGGCAUGUUUGACUGCGAUAGCCUGGGCGGUGGUGUGGCCCCUAUCUUUAGCACACAGCCGCGCUCUGCCCUGACCCACAGGAACAUGAGCAAAUUCGACCUGCUGCAGAGCAAGACUCCUCCGUCUGGGUUAAAGCAGGGACUGGCCGACCUGUAUGGAAAAUUCUCCUUCAAAGGCGUGUCUAGAGUGUCUAGUUCCGGAUAUAUUGCAGGCCACGACCAGUUUUGUGACGGUGCAGAUGAUGGAAACAUCCGUUCUGAUGUGUCUGACAUUUCCACUCAUACUGUGACCUAUGGCAAUCUGGAGGGCAAUGCCAAGAAACGCAAGCAGUAUAGAGACAGCCUGAAGAAGCGCCCUGCAUCUGCAAAGUCCAGACGAGAACUUGACGAGAUCGAGCUGGGUUACCGCCGCCGCCAGCACCAUGGCCACCAUCAUCAUCACCAUGGGCAUCGCUCAGCUUCACCUCCAUCUGAGCACAAACAAGGUGGUGGUGUGAGCUCAACCUCAUAUCUGUUACAAGACAAGGAAAGCCUGAGGGAUUUCUACCUGGACCAGUUCCGGCCCAAAGAAGGCGUCCCGCAGUGGGAGCAUGUGGAUCUUACAGAUGGUCCCAGUGGGGGAGGAGGAGGCAACUGCACCAGCCUGGUGUCUGUGGAUGACUUCCUGAAGAGCAAACCCAAGAAGCCGGACAGCAGGAGUGGGAGCAGUGAGUGGGAAUGUCGUAGUUGUCGUGCAAGCAGUGCGGGCAGCAAGCAGACGGCCCUGCAUGGAGUUCUGCACAUGGGUGGGACAGGCUACAUUGGCAGUGGUUGUGUGGCAGCGGGUGCUGGAGGAGGGGUUGGGAGCAGCCGCCCAACUUCAGCAACUUGUAUGAGGUGCGAAGCCUGCAAGAAGUCAGGCAACCUGUAUGACAUCAGCGAGGACAGUAACCACCUGUUGGAUCAACUGGGAAGCAGUAGGGGUCAGACACCAUUGCAACGCCGCAGGGCCUUCAGCGGGAAACCGCUACGCCGCCAGCAUUCCUAUGACACCUUUGUGGACCUGCAGAGAGAAGAGUUAGGUGUGCCGCUGGGGUUCGGCGGCCCUGGGGCACUGCCAGCACCACGCAGUGUGAGCCUCAAGGAGAGGGAGCGCUGCAUAGAUGCCUCUAGUCCCUUCGCACACAUAUUUGAGCAUCCUGGAGAUCGCAAGCAGGACACAGACCAUGACCCGCUGUUCUAUGGAGCUGCUGAAAGGAGUGUGGUAUCGCCAUUCGGGUUGUUCAGAGUGGGGGAGAAUACACCUUAUGGAGGACUCAUGGAGGGGCCAGCUCACUCCUUAUCCAAAUCUCUCUAUCCUGACCGAACCGACCACAACCCCUUCAUCCCCACAUUUGGAGAUGACCAGUGUCUGCUGCAUGGUGCCAAGUCCUACUAUAUCACCAAGCAGCAGCAGCACAGCGACUUGCUCAGCCCCAUGGGCAUGACCUCUUUCCUGCCGGCAUCAGCCACCUCCAGAGUCAUGUCUAACUUUGCUCCGCACUUUCCUCCAGAUUUGUGCAUGGGGAACCACCACACCAGCAAGCUCAGUCUCGGUCCACCUCGACCUUUUAACGACAAUAAUGGACACAUGUAUGAGAAACUCUCUAGCAUAGAGUCUGACGUUUGAGAAAGAGCAAUGAGCAUGGUAAAGAACAGAGAAGCAUUCUGUUAGCCAGAUUUUAGCAGAAUAAACAGAACUUGAGAGAAUUGAAAAUGUCAUUUCCUGUCAAGUUCACAUUUACACCAAUGGGCUCAUCUUCACGAGCUGGUGAGAACAAAAGCACGUCCAUCUGUUGAGUGUGUGCAUGAAAAAGAACAAGAGAGCAGAUGUCCCGUUUCACCUACGUCCCUCGCAUCACACCAGAACAGCCCUGUCCUGUACCCUUGUCUUUCAUGAAGAUACAAUCAUGAAAACAUAAUAAAUGCUCAUUGAUUUUUUUCUUUCUUUUGAAACAGGGUAAUAACUGUACCUCAGAGAUGUAGUGAAGACACUGCUGACUGGUAAUCUGUUAUUGAAAUUGGGUUUCAUUUGUUUGAUGUUUUCCUGACCCUGCUCUGGAGGCCUUUGCUGAGCAUUAGGGAUAUUUAAAUGUGAUGAUCAAUCCACAUUCAACCUAAUGUAUCCAUGGCAACAGCCUCUCCCAUGCUGUGUACUGCCAUGAAACACGUGUGCAUUAGUGAAAGUGCACAAGCCUCUGCUGUGUUUUAUGCUCUCAUUUAUAUUCAAGUCUCUACUGCCAUGAUAUUUCAUAUCGAGCAAGAUAUCUUCUUGAUACGCCUUUGGUUACACUCACGUCAUAUGACUCUUGCUUAGAAGUUGAACAAUAAGGGGUUAAAAGACAUUAUUGUCAUAUGUUUUGGUUGUAAAUAUAUUUCUCUUUAUAUAAGCCAUCAAGGUCAACCUUUAAUAUAGCUUUUUUCAAGUAUAACAAAUAACCAAAAUAAAGACUAAAACAAAACAAAAUGACAAAAACAUAAAAUAUGCAAAUUUUAGCAAAAGCAUUAUAACUCACGAUAAGUGAUAUUUUAAGCGAUAAUUUGCUUUUUAAAUACGUUUAUUACUUGAUUCUGAUAGUUUACUGCCUCCUAACCGGCUUAUUUUUAAGGAUUUACCUUUAUUUGUUUACCUGCAGUACAACAGAGCUGAGCAGUGCUGUCGUAGACAUGUUUAGUUUACUUGAUCGGUGUACCAAAUACUCCUUUCUAAGUUUCUCUUAAAUUGUGUUUAGAUGUCUGGUCGCUGGCUGGAGAGGUCCAGGUUCUCUCUCUCUCUCUCCUCUCUCUCUCUCUCACACACACACACACACACACACACACACACAGAGAUCUCCAGCAUCCAUCACAAAGAGUGUUUUACGAUCUAAAGCAGGGUUUUUUUUACCUUUCCUAAGGACUGAUUGACUUUGUAAAGCUGAUUAGUAAGCUGCUAGAGUGUCAUGUUUUGAAUUGUAAUACUAUCGUGAGGUCCUGUCCUCGCUUUAGAAUAAUCUUUCAUCUCCUCUUGUAUUGUUUCUGCAGUUAGAGUAACUCUAAUCAUGUCUUUAAACCUUUUUUUUUCUUUUUAGAGCAUUACUAUUAUUAUAAUUAUUAUUGUUAUUAUUAUUCUAGCAAAGCGUUUUAGGGUGUUUUCUUCUCAUAUGUUGAAGCUGGCGGUGUUCCCAUCAUAGCACAGUAAUCUAUGUUUGAGUUUUCCUAAAAACAUAUAGUUUAGAUACACACACACACACACACAGAGUUCCCUAUGAACCCCAUGCUUAAAGCUCGAGCUCUAUAUGCUUAACAGUUCUUGUGUUCAUAGAGAAAUACGCCUAUUACGCAUAGCUGUAGUUAUAAUUUUUGUAGUGUAUUCGCAAUAUAUAAGCAACUUUUAACGUUCUUUUGACUACUAUAUUCUCAUUAUUCUAAGGUAAGUAUAGCUGGUUUAAAGUAUUCUACAGGUAAGAAACAUCCUGUUGUUAUUCACAAAGUCCAUCUGUUAUUUUCUCCACACAAUCGAUGAAUUUGUCGCUCAUCGGGGUGAUAAAGGCAUGCGUGCGUGUGCGUGAGACUCUUGUUGCUAUGGCACUGCCAUGGUGUUACGAUGCUGUUCCCAUGGUAACUGCAGUGCAAGAGGAUGCGGGCUGAAUGAGUGAAUUGUUUCACUAUGGAAUAUCCACUUUGAUAUGUUACCCAAAUUUUUACGUCAUUUACAUCUCUGAAAUUAUUUUCAAGUGGAAACAUGUACAGAUUGUGUAUAUAAAAAUGAGGGAAUUCCUCCUUUUGUAUGACAACAUGAACACAAACCUCUAUGAGAUUUUAAUAAUGAGUGAGUGUUUUGAUGAUGAUGAUGGAUCAGAAUACUUUCACAUGCUGAAUAAAGCCAAUUAAAGUACACUCUUAUUCUGUCUG